GUGACUGUCGCCAAUCCUGAUCGAUUUACGUCCUCGCUCACCGCUCCAACAGGUACAAUGGAACCUCCGAGCUUCAGCUCGAGCGCAUGAACGUCUACUUCAAUGAGGCUUCCGGCAACAAGUAUGUCCCUCGUGCCGUCCUGGUCGACCUGGAGCCCGGCACCAUGGAUGCCGUCCGAGCCGGUCCCUUCGGUCAGCUCUUCCGCCCUGACAACUUCGUCUUCGGCCAGUCCGGUGCUGGCAACAACUGGGCCAAGGGCCACUACACUGAGGGUGCCGAGCUCGUCGACCAGGUCCUUGAUGUCGUCCGUCGCGAGGCUGAGGGCUGCGACUGCCUUCAGGGCUUCCAAAUCACCCACUCGCUCGGUGGCGGUACCGGUGCUGGUAUGGGUACCCUCCUGAUCUCCAAGAUCCGUGAGGAGUUCCCCGACCGCAUGAUGGCCACCUUCUCGGUCGUCCCCUCCCCCAAGGUCUCGGAUACCGUCGUCGAGCCGUACAACGCCACCCUCUCGGUCCACCAGCUGGUCGAAAACUCAGAUGAGACCUUCUGCAUCGACAAUGAGGCUCUCUACGACAUUUGCAUGCGUACCCUGAAGCUGUCCAACCCCUCGUACGGCGACCUCAACUACCUGGUCUCGGCCGUCAUGUCGGGCGUCACCGUUUCGCUGCGCUUCCCCGGCCAGCUCAACUCCGAUCUCCGCAAGCUGGCUGUUAACAUGGUUCCUUUCCCUCGUCUCCACUUCUUCAUGGUCGGCUUCGCUCCUCUGACCGCCCGCGGCGCCCACUCCUUCCGUGCCCUCUCCGUCCCGGAGUUGACGCAGCAGAUGUUCGACCCCAAGAACAUGAUGGCUGCUUCCGACUUCCGCAACGGUCGCUACCUCACCUGCUCUGCCAUCUUCCGUGGCAAGGUCUCCAUGAAGGAGGUUGAGGACCAGAUGCGCAACGUCCAGAACAAGAACUCGUCCUACUUCGUCGAAUGGAUUCCGAACAACGUCCAGACCGCUCUUUGCUCGAUCCCGCCGCGCAGUCUCAAGAUGUCCUCUACCUUCGUUGGCAACUCGACGGCCAUUCAGGAGCUGUUCAAGCGUAUUGGCGAGCAGUUCACUGCUAUGUUCCGUCGCAAGGCUUUCUUGCACUGGUACACCGGCGAGGGUAUGGACGAGAUGGAGUUCACCGAGGCUGAGUCCAACAUGAACGAUCUCGUCUCGGAGUACCAGCAAUACCAGGAUGCUGGUGUUGAUGAGGAAGAGGAGGAGUACGAGGAGGAGGCUCCCAUUGAGCAUGAGGAGUAAGCAUGGCUACUUUCACGACAGCUCGGCGCCCCUCUUUGACCAUUGAGGGUCUGUUGGACAAUGCUGUUCACUUGUGAGCUAGUCUCGUGGGUGAAAUGAUCAUAGCUGCGGGUUAUCGCCGCUAUAUUUGUCUUGUCUGAACUCU